UUCGGUCAAUUUUACGUCAAAACUCGAUUAAAGGGCGAAAAGAUUUGUCAUCGUCUUAAUAAAAUAAAUAUUUGUUUUCUAUUUAUUCUCCUUAAAAUUAGUGCGUGUUCCACUCAAUUAUAUACCUUAAUAAGCUUGCCUUACGUUUAAUCAUCGCCAAAAUACGUUUACAAUGCAAGACACAAGACCUGAGUUAUACGAAGAGGUUAAGCUCUAUCGCAAUGCGAGAGAGCGUGAAAAGCAUGAUAACAUGGCAGAAUUAUACGCUGUAGUUAGUACACUUCAGCACCUUGAGAAAGCAUAUAUGAGGGAUUUGGUCCGGGCUCAAGAGUAUACUGCAGCUUGUAGCCGCCUGCUUGUGCAGUACAAGGUCGCGUUCAAGCAGGUGCAAGGCACGGAGUUCCCUAAUAUUGAGGCCUUCAUUACUAAGUUCAGACUAGACUGCCCGGCUGCGCUGGAGAGGAUUAGAGAGAACAAGCCCAACCUGAUCAAGGAUGACAAGGGCAACACCAACAAAUACAUUGCUGAGAUUGUCUCGCUGUUUAUCACUCUGAUGGACAAGCUUCGUCUGGAGUUCCGCGCCAUGGACAUGAUUCAGCCCGAGCUCCGGGACCUGAGGGACACCAUGGACCGUCUCAUGAUGCUGCCGGAGGACUUUGAGGGAAAACUGAAGGUCCAAGAAUGGCUGGACAAGCUGUCAGAGAUGUCGGCCUCCGACGAGCUGUCCGAGGCCCAGGGGAGACAGCUCAUCUUCGACCUGGAGACCUCCUACCAGGCCUUCAACAAGUUCCUGCACAAGGACUGAAACUAUAAUGUAUCUCACGGAGCUCAAAGGUGUUGUGUAUCUCAUACUCAAGUAGCUUCACUAUAUCUAUUAAUUAUAAUUAUUAUACACAAUGUAAUAAAGAAAUGGGCACCAAUCAAAUAAUCGCUAUCUCAAUAAGUAUCAAAAUUAAACUGUUUAUACUUCGUUUAUUCAGCAUUAGAAAAAGGUUAUAUAAUGUUCUAAAUGCAUUGACAUAUAAUAUAUCUCAGGACGGGCAUUACGGGCACUAAAAAUGAUACUAACUAGUUCAGCGGUGUCACUAACGAAUUCGAGGCAAUCGUGCAGUCUAACGCAACUAGUUGCGACCAAUCGCGCGCGUGAUGCGAACUCAUCGACCAAUCGCGUUGUAGCGGUGUCACACCGCUGUACUGGCCCCAUUUAUGCCCCAUUGUCAUUGCCCGUAAGGCCAGUCCUGAAAUAUAUUAUGAUGACUAAAUGUAUUUUUUUGGGAUAUGCAAAAUUAAGGAGUGCCCUUGUAGUAAUGUGUUGGAUUACACAAAAUUACGUGGUUUUAUUUUUUUAAUUUAAACGUAAUACUUUUAUCAUAUCGAUUAGUAAUUUAUGAAUGUAUAGGUACAUAUAUUAAAUACUUCAGUUACGUAUUCAAAUACCUUAUACUAUAUCGACAAUACCAUGUGUUUAUAAGAUUUUAAAUUAAAAUUUGUAAAAAUUA